UGAUUGUGUUGAAAGUGGCACCUGUCACCUUUCACACAAUUAGAAAAUCAACCGCGGGCCGCUGUCAGAGAAUUCCUGGGCGCACGUCUGAUGCGGCAUCCCACAUUUCCAGUUGCUGCUGACAUCGAACAUCUCCGCUCAUUCCCUUUGCGGACAUUUGCACGGAUUCUAUUGCAGAGUGUGGAUACGGGCUUCUAUGGGUGGCUCCCUUUGUAAAGAACUCUCUUCCCUGCGACGAGAGUUGAGUUCGGGGAACGACCGCUUUUACCAGAAUGGGCCGUUAGGAGGGGGAAGUGGCACCGGUGUUGAUUCGCUUGAGUUUGAUCAUCCGACGCUGAUCGAAGUUUCCUCAAUCGAUUGUACGUGAGGAAGGAUCAGCUGAUUGAAUGAGGAUUAGUUGGUGGUGUGGAGUUUGAGAACGGAGAGACUUGUUAGAGAUUGUGAGAUUUAGUUGUGGUGCGUCUUAGAGGUGUAAUACAUUGCGACGGAUUUCGGCCAUGUACCACCGGGUGCGUUGCCUUGCGUUCCGUUGACUAGGGUGAAGAGGGUGUGAAAUAGUAGGUGGGUGGGUGGUUUCAUGUAUUGGUGAAAUCCUGAAUCGGAGUAGGUAGUGUACGGGGUGUGCGAGCUCUGGUGCCGGCUCUGACACAAUAUGUGUGGUAGCGACGUGUCGAAUGUGUAGUUGCUGUAGAGUUUGAAGGUGGGCGAGUACCGAUCGGGGUUGAGUUAGCAGUUUGCAGUUCGAUCAUGUGAUGCAGCGAGAGGGGAAUGCGGCCGACAGAUUGUGGCGAUUGUAGUCUAUUUUGUUCGUGUGCAGCUCGUUGGCAUCUUCUUGGAAAGCUCGCCCGGGUCCACUGAAAAAGCUGCGGAGGGAAGAGCGGAGAGGUUCUCGGGCGGAGCUGCAAUAAUCGUUGUGCCAAACAAAGGAAAUAUCCUGAAAUUGUGACCCUCAACGCGUGAGACCUGCAUCGCUGGCACACUUAUCAAUGCAGAGCGUGCAGUUUCGACAUUGCCUUUUCCCUGUAGUCUGCUGCUUUAGCGAAUUUUGCAGCCAUGUGCAAGUAGAUUGCAUGCUUGCUUAGAUCAGUCAAACUGGAGCUUUGAGAUGUUAGGCAAUCCACGAGCUGGUGUUGGUAGGAGGUUCUGAGCAUCGGUGCACUGUUGUUGACUUCAUGCAUUCGAGCAUGAAAACCUGAUUUGGAAGGAGCAAUUAUUCUCGAAUUGGUUUCGCUGCUUUGGUCGGCAUGGCGGGAUGUUUAUGUUCACAUUCUCUGUCUUGUGUGGUCACAUUCUCAUCCAAGGAGGUAAAGCUUCGGAGUUUUCAAUUAAGCUGUUGCACUCUCUCGGAGAUUAUGAAGCUGAGGAUCACUUUCAAAAGUCUUCCAACACAUACCCAGCACAGACGCAGCCAUGCCGGAGGCCCCGGGGUUGUAGGGAUUCAUUCUAGCCGGGGAGAGGUUUUGGCUUCCAGAAGUUCACUUUCCUUGCAGUUGAGGAAUGGGAAUGCUCUCAACUCAAACUCGACGAAGUGCAAGGCACAUGGAAAGGCUCCUGGUGUCACCAUCGUCGAUUCGUCAAGUAGCGUUAAGAAAGUAAAUAACGGUGCAGCUCAUGUCGUGGCUUCCAGAAAAAAUGGGGCAAUGUCGGGAAAGAAGACUGCCAUCGUUUGGUUCAAGCAUGACUUGCGAACAGACGACCAUCCCGGUCUCGCUUUUGCGGCACAGUACGAUCACGUGAUUCCGCUCUUCAUCUUCGACUCUUCCUUCUAUGCUGGCUGUUCUGAGGAGCGACUUGCGAGCUUGUUCGAUGCCGUGGCAGAUCUCAGGCGUUCAUUGAAAAGCAUAGGGUCGACUUUGGUGAUUCGAAGAGCGCGCGUUAAUGAUGUACUACUCAACCUCGCUCAAGAGGUUGGUGCAUCAACGAUCAUUGCUGAAGAGGAAGUAGAGGAAAUCUGGCAUGAUCUCGUUGCAUCUGUUUCCGCAUCUCUAUCUGUGAAAUCUCUUUCUGGACAAAAAACUGAAGUAAAACAAUGGAAUGCUUCCUUAUACGACGUCGAGGGUAUAGAAGAUCUGCCUGAUAAUUAUAAAGAGUUCAAGCGCAUGGGCCGCCGAGUACUCCCUCCUGUGAAUGCUCCAACCUCAAUUCCCGCAUUACCUGCAGACAUCGAGGAAGGACAUUUACCAAGUCUUAAAGAUUUCUUGGCAAGCAGCAAGGCAAAAUCAAAAGAGAACCCGUAUUCCGAGGUACUAAGGGCUGCUCAGACCCAACCGGCGGAGAGCUUGCUCAUGGGCAAACCGCAUGUCACCAAUGGGAAUGUUCAACAGGUGACCAAGGCAAGUAAUAGUGUCGCAAGGGCGUUGAUGAAUCUCUUGAAUAAUUUGGCAGAAGAGAAGCCGUUUAAUUCAGUUUGGGAGCACACGCAACCUAAAGACGCAAAAGUGGAGAUCAGAUCGAAUGAGGUUGGUAUCAUUAGGGGGGGAGCCACCGGAGCCUUGAACAUGUUGCACGUUUACAUCAAAGCGCUGGAGACAACGCUCAACCCUGUGGAAGGUGUGCACAGCAGGAUGUACGAGCAUAUACAGGAACUUGAGAAAAGGCCAGGAGCUUCUUUUAGAGCGAUAUUCAAUAGGGCCUUAGAGCUUGGUACCCUUUCACGUAGAAGAGUGUACUACGAAGUGAUGAAAUGUGAACGAGAAAGAGGAGGCGGCCUUAUUUCACCCUUUGGACUUUCUACUUUCACAGCCUCCGCUGCUCUUCAAGAUGUCAAGUCGAUAGAGUGGUAUGAAUUGAUUCAAAGGAAGAGCCGGGACCAGGGGUCUGAAAAUGGUCUCAAAGUAUGCUCGUGGCGAUGGCGCGGAUACCUUAUCCAGUACUCUACUUCUGGAGAUGAAGGUCCGGCAGUAGUGCUUAUACAUGGAUUUGGCGCAUUUUGGGAACAUUACCGAGACAACAUUCGAGGCCUCGCAGAAAAAGGUAACCGCGUAUGGGGAUUGACUAUGGUGGGAUUUGGGCGAUCCGAGAAGCCCUCGAUCCCUUACACUGAGCUCCUUCUGGCAGAGCUUGUGAGAGAUUUCAUCAUCGAGGUUGUUAAAGAGCCAGCGACUCUCGCAGGCAACUCAAUCGGAGGAUACACAACGUGUGUGGUGGCGGGGCUGUGGCCGAGUAUAGUGAGAUCUUUAGUACUCCUUAAUUCAGCAGGACAAGUGGUCCCUAACUACACGUCCCUUCAGUAUCGAAAGCCGCGAGAGAAAUCCCUUAUUGCUAAACGGGGAGCGCAUGUCCUGCUAAUAUACUUGCGACACUUGAGCAAUCGCCUACUGAAACGAUGCUACCCGAAUAGAACAGCUAGAGUGGAUGCUUGGCUACAAUCUGAAGUGAUGCGACCUUCCUUCGAUCCUGGAUCUACGGCUGUGCUUGAGAGCAUCUUUCAUCUUAAUCCACCUUUGCCCUUGAACUUUUACAUUGAUCGAUACGUUGGUGAGGUUUUAGUCAUUCAGGGUGUAAGAGAUCCCUUAUACGAUGCAACGAAGCGAGCAUCUGUGCUGCAGGCUUACUGUGCUAACGUCACAACGCGACUACUGAACGCUGGCCACUGUCCACACGAUGAGGUUCCAGAUGAAGUGAAUGCGUUGAUCCAUGAUUGGCUUAGACUUGCAGGCACUGAACCAACUAUGGACACUAGGGCUCUUGAGCUACAGUUCCUUAGUAGUGAGGACGCUGCCGGCAUUGUCGAAGGAGAUUCUCGCCUCAUUAAGUCAGACUGGUUUUCCUACUUCAGCCGUUAACGGAAAUAUUUGAGGCAAUGAUCGUUGUCUCUUCUACCACUGUAAAGAUUCAAUGUACUUGCUAGACUCUACAAUUUGGUUUCCAAAUAGCAUUGUAAUUAUCAAACAUUGAUGCCGAACUGUAAUUUAUAGAAACACCUUAAUAGAGACAUACAAUGCAUCGGUGAUAUACGAUUGCUGUUGCUAGUGUGCGUAAUUCAACAUUUGUAUCUACAAUUACAUUGACAGUAAAAGCAAAUGACUGUAUGUAGAUGAGUUCAUCUGUAUUUAUUUGAAAAUCAAGAGAACUUCUGGUUAUUCGUCAG